AUGGCCGACAUGCCAGCCCCAGUCCUCGGAGGAGGCCUCAAAAACCCGUCACAGCCUGAAGGGGCUACAUCGCCUUUGUUCUUCUCGCACUCGGCUGGCUCGAGACACUCGUCGCGGCAUGCCAGCAACCAGUCCAGUGACACGUCCACGUCCACGUCCAUCCUCGCCAGACUCCACGACGAGCCGUCCGGAUCUGUGACGACGCUCAAGAUGCCGCGCGCCAGGGUCGACUCUGCCAGUGGUGGGCGCUCAGGCAGUACGCCCGGGAGUUGGGGUUCGUCCAUGGACACGUCUGCACCGGCUCUGACGCCCGAUUCGCGCUCGCUGGCGCCUGGACUCCAGGGCCUCAGUGGGAUUGAUGUGAUCGAGCUGUUGGAUCAAGAUGACCGUCCAACAUUCCUGGUGGAUCUGGCCAAUCCGGUCAAUUCCAGCCGCCCUGGCAUGCACAUUCUUUUCUACAACACGGCGCUCCGGACAUCUCGCAGCGUCCUCCGCCUGCUUAUCGUCGAACAGGACGGGUCCACGGCCGCGACCGAGUUUGGAAACUUCAAAAGCUGGGUCAUGACAUCGGUCAAGUCGACCGAGGGCCCAGACCCGCCUCUGCCGCAGCAUACGUACGGCAACAUAACGUGGGCGUGCUCGACGUUGAGGAAACGUCUUCGCGUAGUGAGCGCCGUCACACCUAUCCCGUCCGACCGCGUCGACUCGCCGAUCCCUUUGACUGAGGAGCCGAUUGCCCUCGACCAGCAGAUCGAGGAUCCUUCUCCAGACAUGCCACUCACCCCUGGCACGGAAGCGAUUGAUCCGCUUGACUACUUUGGUGAAGCUCCGACAAAGGCCGACACCGUUGACGCGAUCACGGUGAAUGGCGUAGGGACUGAGCCUGCGCUCGAUACAUCCGACCGGCACCAUCCCGACGAGUUCACCAAUGCGGUCCUCCAGGCUCAGCCGGCGAGGUCCACGUUUGACUGGACGAGAAUCCCUGUCACGGAUGAGCUACCCGAGCACAUCAAACUGGCAAGGUCGAAAGACUGGUCCAUGACGCCACUGGGGCCCAUUGAGGAUUGGCCGCACGAACUGCGCGCCAUGUCAAACAUGGUCAUGGGCAGCCCCCAUCCGGCAGCGUUGUACUGGGGACCUCAACACUAUGCCAUCUACAAUGCGGCCUAUAUCGAUCUGGCAGGUCAGAAGCACCCCAGUUUGAUGGGGUGUAGAUAUGAGGAUGCAUGGAGCGAGAUUUGGCCGCAGAUCCAACCCGUGUUCCAGGCUGCAUGGGAGUCCGGCCAGGCCACCAUGAAGCAUGACAACCAACUCUUCAUUGUACGACACGGCUUCCUGGAGGAAACCUUCUUCUCCUGGUCAAUCGUGCCACUGGUGGGCGCCGAGGGCGAAGUGGUAGGCCUCUACAACCCGGCGUUUGAAAACACACGAAGAAAGGUCACAGAAAGGAGGAUGCUCACUUUGCGCGAGACUGGGGAGCGCAUCGCCAGCGCCACCACCGUGCAGGAAUUCUGGCCGCAGGUGAAGAAGGGACUCGAGUACAAUGAGUACGAUGUCCCCUUUGCACUCAUCUAUUCGACUAAGGACGACACGACGGAGAGCGAGGUGUCCUCCAUGCACUCGUCGAGCACUUUCCACACUCCACAGCUCGUCCUCGAGGGCUCCAUCGGCAUCGGCGACAACUACGACGCAGCCCUUGACUCGCUCGAUCUCAGAACGUCGGACGAGGGAUUCGCCCCGUACAUGCGCCAGUCCAUGGCCAACAAUGGCAGUGUCGUCGUGCUCUCGGCUCACGACGGCACUCUUCCCCAAGAUUUGGUUCGAGGCGUGGAGUGGAAAGGCUUUGGCGACCCCUGCAGCACGAUUGUGGUGUUCCCCAUCGUCCCCACGACCACUGGGGAGUCGGUUGUAGGUUUCAUCGUCAUGGGCGUGAAUCCCCGACGGCCGUACGACGAUGACUACAAGCUGUUCAUCCACCUGCUCUCUCGGCAGCUGGCCACGUCGAUGGCUUCUGUCCUCCUUUUCGAGGAAGAGAUCAAGCGUGGGCAGCGAGCGGCGCGCCUGGCCGCCCUCGACCGCCAGCAGCUAUCCCUGCAGCUCCAACUCAAAUCGCAAGAGGCGAACGAGAGCGAGUACAGGUUCACGCGUAUGGCUGAGUUUGCACCCGUCGGCAUGUUCAUUGCAGACCCCACGGGCUACAUCAACUACUGUAACGACAUGUGGUGGCAAAUUUCACAGGUACCGCCUAGCAAGGUCAAAGCGAACGACUGGAUGGACUACGUCCGCGACGAGGACAAGCCCGCCAUGCAGGCAGCCUGGCAGAAGCUGCUGCAAGACAAGGUCACCGUCUCUGUCGAGUUCCGCUUCAAGUGUGACCAGAAGAGCGGCGAUGCCACAAUUGACACGUGGGUACUGAUGAGUGCCUAUCCGGAAAAGACGUGCGAAGGUCACCUCAAAUCUAUCUUUGGCUGCAUCACCGACAUCUCCUCCCAGAAGUGGGCGGAGAAGGUGCAGAACGAGAGGCGCGCCGAGGCCGUCGAGCUCAAGAGGCAGCAGGAGAACUUUAUCGACAUCACCAGUCAUGAGAUGCGUAACCCCCUGUCGGCUAUCCUGCAGUGUGCCGAUCAGAUCGCGAGCAACGUUACGUCUUUCGCCUCCCACCACAUGAAACACGAGGUCGAGAGCCUGCUCGAGGGCUGCCUCGACGCCGCCAACACAAUCAACCUCUGCGCCAGUCACCAGAAGCGCAUUGUGGACGAUAUUUUGACACUGUCCAAGCUUGACUCGAAACUACUUGCUGUCACGCCCAUUGACGAACAACCUGUUCGUGUGAUACAACGUGCGCUCAAAAUUUUCGAGUCCGAGCUGGUGGCGCACGACAUUGAGUUCGAGUUCAUUGUCGACGAGAGCUUUGAAAAGUACGGCAUCAAGUGGGCGAAGCUUGAUCCCUCCAGGCUGCGUCAAGUUCUCAUCAACCUGAUGACCAACGCUAUCAAGUUCACGCAGUCUAGAGACAAGAGGAACAUUACCGUCACAAUGUCAGCAAUCAAGGACGUCUCAAAGGUGACGCAAGGGCGGAUGCACUACUUUGAGCGCAACGAGCGCGGGCGCCCGUCAUCCCUGGACAUUGACAGGUCCGACGACUGGGGUGAUGGCGAGCUGUUCCACAUCCAUUGCUCCGUGGAGGACACCGGCCCAGGCCUGCUCGAGGAGGAGCUCAAGGUGCUCUUCCAGCGAUUCCAGCAGGCUUCGCCCCGGACACACGUGCAGUACGGCGGCUCCGGCCUUGGUCUCUUCAUCUCGCGCAUCUUGACCGAGAUGCAAGGUGGUCAGAUUGGGGUCCUCUCCACGCCGGGACAGGGCAGCAAGUUCUGUUUCUACAUCCAGAGCAGGGUCUCCCUUCACCCGCCCUCCGAGUACGAGCACAUUUCGCCUUUUAAGAUUGCGCGCAAGGUGCAAUCACCCGCGGUGGCUGGCACGAGUCGCACGACGCCCUCGCCAGGCGCAGUGACGCGCAUCAAUCCACCCGAUGCCAAGGCGAGCCCGCUCUUUGACGUGCUCAUCGUCGAGGACAACAUAGUCAACCAGAAGGUGCUGCAGCGACAGCUGCGCAAUUGCGGCAAUAAUACGUUUGUAGCGAACCACGGGCAGGAGGCCCUGCAGACACUGCAGCGCUCGCGGUUCUGGUCGGGGCAGGAGAAGGAAGGCGUGGACAUCUCCGUCAUUCUGAUGGAUCUCGAGAUGCCCGUCAUGGACGGCAUGACGUGCGCCAGACGUAUUCGCGAGCUAGAGAAAGAGGGUACCAUUGUCCAGCACAUCCCUAUCAUUGCUGUCACGGCAUAUGCUCGACCCGAGCAGAUCCAGAACGCGAAAGCUGCCGGUAUCGACGAUGUCAUCUCCAAGCCCUUCCGUAUCCCUGAGCUCCUACCCAAGAUUGAGGAGCUUGUCAGUCGGUACAAGAACCUAUCUGUCGCCUCAGAGUGA